UUUCAUACCAUAACCCAACUACCACCGGCAUGUCUUUAUUAGGCCGCUUUCCGGCCAUCGCAUUUCGGCCACGUGUGUGGAGGGCACGAAGACAGCUAGUUACAACUCAGUAAGAACAGCCAAAUUAGAGAGCAUUAGCUAAUGGGUGUAUAUUAGAUAAAAGUAUGUUCCAGCUUGUGGAGAUUUAAACGAAGGUCCUGUAUCGUCAGGUUCUUUGUUGUGGACCGGCUUUGGAUUUUCACGGGCGUCACUUGCUUGGAUAUAGACACGCCGUCUGAAGAUAUUUUAGCACCAAUUGAUUAGAUGAUAUACUCCGUCAGUUGUACCCUUUAUGUACUAGCUAUGAACGGUUAAGAUCAGCAGGCGACAAGACGGUGCUAGGUGAGACACUGAGCAAAACAAAAGACUGCAGGGCUGGCGGGCUCUCCAAGUCGACUAGGUCCAGGAGAGUGCGGACGCCGCUAGCAGUGAUAAAUAAGGGACAGUGAAAACGCGGAGUCUACCAUGACGGUGAUGACCUACCAUCUUCAUCACUCUUGCCCAUACAACAGGAACACAAUUGGUUUUCAGACACAUCUAAAUUCAGAACAAUCUCACCAUGUCGGCAAGAACAACGCUCAAGUUCCCCCAUGACCCAAUCCUGGUUAGGCUGCUUAUUGCAGCUCAGCAGACUUCGGACUCAGAAACGAUCGUCCAUGAUGCCCUUGGCUUUAAGAAGAGUUACCCGGAACUGCUUACUGAUAUACUGCAAACUCGCGAUCUCCUUCGCGCGCGGCUACCACUACCAGCUACGAACGAGCAAGGUAUUUUGCGUGGAGAAUUCCAAUAUGUUGCCAUUCUCUCAAGGAGUGGUUAUGAGUUCCUCGUUGCUUUCUUCGCCAUCCGAGCGAUGGGGGGCGUUUGUAUGCCCUUAGGCUCCGGCGUCCUUCCCGAAGAGGCACACUACUUUCUCUCAAAGGCAAAAGCGAACUGUAUGCUCGCUGGCAAGGACAGCCUUGAGAGGGCUGAAAAUAUCUGCGCCUAUAUCCAAGAGCAAGGGAACUUUGAUACCUUGACAUUGUUGCCCAUUUCGUGCAAUGCAGAGCCCUUGAGGAACAUUGAUAUUGGGAUCGAUGACAAUCUUCAAUUAGACCCGGAUGGACCAGGUCUGCUACUCUUUACCUCAGGUACUACUGGGUUCCCGAAAGGCGCGGUAAUACCCAGACGAUGCUUUGCUGAUCCACAAGCCUUUGAACCUGGCGCCGCUGCUAUCAGCUACAACCCAUCCCAUUGGAUUGGUGGUGCGAGGAGUCUAAUCGGGCCCGUGCUAACGAGUAAGAAGCUUUACAUUGUUGCACAGAAAGCUGGAAGAGCUCGUGCAGAGGCUGUGUUAGAAGCCUUUAGAAACCAUCGGAUUACCCAUGCCAUAUUCACCCCGGCGUUGUUGCGGCAUAUGAAGGACAUAUUGAUUGAUCAAAGUGGAAAUUUGUCGGAAGAUAAGAAAAGCAGAUGCUCUAGCUACUUUAAGGGCUUGUCCGCGAUCAGAUGCUCUGCCGGGGUGGUUGAGUUUUCAACGAAGGAGUUCUGGACUGAUUUGACGGGCUUACCAUUUGAAAAUUUCUAUAGCGUAACGGAGUUGGGAGGCGGUGUGACUCGAGGGAUCUCUGCGAUAAAGGGCUCCAUUGGAACCCCUCUGCCCGGCAUUACGAUAAAACUGUCGGAAGGAAACCAUGGUGAGAUCUAUGUUAAGAGUCCAAAAAUGCUUACGCACUACAUUGAUGAUAAGAAGACAACGCAGGCCGCGUUCGAUGAAGACGGAUACUUCAAGACUGGCGAUCUUGGCGAGCUAAAGGAUGGUGAAUAUAUAUUUGCCGGCCGAGCGAACGCUGACUAUGUGUUGUUUGGGGUCUUCCGAAUCUCAGCACUGGUUGUUGAGAGCAGCUUAAUGGAUCUGCCAUAUAUCUCCGAAGCUUGCGUCGUUGCGGUGCCAGACAACGAUGCAAAACAAUUAUGCGGCGCUGUUAUUCGGCUUGAACGUGGUACAAUGCCAAUAGGGCAAAUAACUCUGGCCCGGAUUAGGUCCGAUCUCCAGAGCAGCUUGGCACCUUUUAUGCUGCCGGCUCUUCUUCGGAUCCUGGAGGACAAAGAGGAGCUGCCGCGUACGGUAUCCGGGAAGCCUAUAAAGAGACAAAUUCUGAUGGACUUCUUUGGGGCCGUGGACGGCGGCCUAGCCGAAAAUAUACCGCCUAGAGUUGAGCGCUACAACAAGUUGAUGACAGUCGAGGCACAGGCCAAGCCAUGGGAUUGGUGCGGACUGCAGCGUGCUACAAUCUAGGACUAUAUCAAACGAAUUCCUCAUUGAAUAAUGUAGAAUACAUCUAGAGGGGUGUUAACUCGCAUCUCCACGACGUUUACGUCGAUCCGUACUGACGGUAACAAUACAUUGACCUAAUGGCGUGCGAAACGGUCCCAUUUUUCGGUCGCUCUUGAAAUGCACCUAAUAUAAGUUUUCACCACGAGGAACGCAGCUAGUAGGUAUUGUGUGAAAAGUAAAUAAAUGAAAUGAAAGACUUAACUAAGAGGC